ACCGAGGGGGGAAGUCUCGCGAGAUGAUCAUCCUGCCCAUCGAGAGGGGCUGAUGCGAGGAAAAGUGGAAAAUCGAAUGCUUGAUGCAUUUGUAAAAAAACAAAAAAAAAAACGGCUAGUUAGCUAUGUUUCGGUCACCGCUCGCUAAGUAUUACAGUAAAACGUACCAAAACCGAAGGAUUUCAAUUUACAGCUUGUACUUCCCUCCCGUGCGCGAGGUAUAAGGCGGCCCUAGGGGGCGGGGGGGAGUUAUUGAUAUGGUGGAUUUUUUUUUUUUUUUGCGCUAGCUAAUAUGCCUAGCCAUGCUAACACUAGCUGUUUAGCUUUGUUUACAUCAAGUGCGCGCCUGUGAUCUUUUAGCCAGUUGCUAACCAAACACAUUCGCGAUCUUAGCAGCGGCUCGUCGGUCAAUCAAGCAUCGACCGGGAGGCUUUGUCGGAUUGUACACCGGCCCUAUGGCCACCACCUACCACCUCUGGUGCAAAACGUUCGGCUGAUUGUCGUGAGCUAGGCUAACGCUAGCUAACACAAUGCUAACCCUUUUUUAAAAAACCAUGGGCCGUGCGAUCGUUUGAUUUCGCCGUAAAGCUGCUCGCCGACGUCGGGGAUAAUGUGAGCGGUAACAACUAAAAGCGUUGAGCUGGUCCGAAUCAACAGAAACGUUUUAACUGCGAUCUGAUAGAUCUGGAAUAGAUGGUGAAUACUUGCGGCUGUUAGCCGGCGAUGCUACUAUCGCUGGGCUAGCCACUUGCCAAGCUAACGUUGUGCGCCUUUAGCGACAACCGUGCUCUGUUAUUGUCUGUUGUUGAGUCGCACGUCUUAAAACGACACACUGGAUGUGAGUGAUUGCUGCACCAGGUCAGUUUAUAUAUAUAUAUAUAUAUACAUAUAUAUAUAUAUAUACACACUUCCUCCAUCCACCCUGAGACUUCGGCUAUCUCUUUAGCUCCCGUCGUAGCCGGUGGCUGGAUAUAUUAUAUAUAUUUUUUUCCCGGGCCGUGGUUCCCCCGAGGCUGCGGAGCACACCGCUAUGAACCCGGCCAACGCCACCGCUCUGUACGUGUCCGCCAGCCGGGCUGUGCUGCAGUGUGACCCGCGGCAGCCUCACACCUUCGCAGAGAUGUACACACUACUGCCCUUCUUCCGACAGUCCCUCGCAUGCCUCGUCUGUGGUAAACUGCUUCAGGAUCCCGUUUCCCCGGCACAUUCCGAGUGUCAGCAUUACGUCUGCUCGGGUUGUAAAGGCCAGCAGAUGCAGAUCCGGCCGUCGUGCAGCCGCUGCAAGGACUAUUCCGGCUACCAGGAGAACAAGCAGCUCUCCUUGCUAGUCCAGUGCUACAGGAAGCUCUGCCUCUAUGUAACUCAUUCACCUUUGCUGCAGUUGGUCAGCAGCCACGUGGGAGGAUCUCCAGAGGUUAUGGCCUUGCUAGAGGAAGUGCUCGUGUCACAUAAAGAGGACAUAGACACGGAGGACCCGAGCCUAGCGCAGGCAGAUGUGAAUCCCUCUGCGCCUGAGUCACUUACUCCCACAGAGGCGCCACCUGUUCCCGCCGAGCUCUCAGCUGUGCCCCAGAGCUCCUCCUCUGACCCUCCCUGUUCCAAUGGACCGCAGGAAUGCAACGGGGAAGUGCUGGAGGACCUAGAUCCCUCUUCUCCCGAGCUGGAAGUGUGUGAGGUGGUAGAGGAACAGCCACAGACAGACCUGUCUGUUUCCAGUACCGGUUGUGGUGGCCUGGAACUGAGUUUGACUACUGGACCUUUAGCCCCAACUCCAGGCACUGUGUGCUCACUCAGGGAUGGGGAAUCUGGCAGAAGGGAGCUGGAGGAGGGGGAGGUGUUACUCCUCAGUGUGGAGGAAGUGUUGCAGACUUUGGAUCCCCUUCAGCCCAGUCGAGAUCCUGCUCACACACAUACAGACAGGACUCACACUCAUUCACACUUAGCCACGGACCGAACACACACUCAAAUGUACAUACAGCUGGAUGCAGCUCAUAACUACACACAGAUUCAAACAGACAGGACUAACGCAGUGGCAAGCCACGUUGCUCAUAUACACACACCCUCCUUCGAUCCUCCCACAACCUGCAAGCCCCCGCCAGUCCGCCUUAACCGCAAACGCUCUCGUUCAGAGAGCGACAGGGAAAAGGUGAAACCCCUCCCGAUCACCUCCAUCCUACAGGGCUCAUCCUCACAUUUACACACUCCAAACCCCUCUCAAACACCGCACACGCAACCACCCACGCAAUCCUUACAUGUACCAGCACACACAUACUCAUCGCUUCCAAACGGGGUGCCUCCCAAGCCCAGCCGACCUACACCCAACCACAGCAAAACCGCCAGGAAGCACGUCGACCCAGCUCCGAAGAAACCGCACGCCAAGGCACGCAGUGGCGGAGGCUCCAAGACCAAGGACCGGAGCAAAGACCAGCGGUUGAUGUCGGGCUGCCUCGCGCCCCCGGCACCUGCCAGGCCUCCAUACAAGAAGCCCGUGGAGAAGAAAGGCUGCAAGUGUGGCAGGGCUACCCAGAAUCCCUCUGUGCUGACGUGCAGGGGGCAACGAUGUCCCUGUUACUCAAACCGCAAGGCAUGCUUGGAUUGUAUCUGCCGAGGUUGCCAGAACUCCUACAUGGCCAACGGCGAGAAGAAGCUCGAAGCCUUCGCCGUGCCGGAGAAGGCCCUAGAGCAGACCCGGCUCACGCUCGGCAUCAACCUCACCAGCAUCACGGCGGCCGCGGCACUGCGCAACCCCGCGACCACCAGCAUCCGCGCGAACACCCUCCUCAACGUCGCCACGGCGACAGGAACUCCCGUAACCACGGCCUUCCUGUCCGCCAGCCCGCCGCAAGAGCCCAACUACGAGGACAGCCUGGAGCUGCUGAUCGGAUGAAAGGCCGGGACUCCGGAAGCGGACAGCUCGGUGCUGAUCGAAUGUGACGACUGGUCGUUUGUGUCUGUCAGACAACCUGUACCUCCCACCACCCUCCGCAGGGGAGGCAAUCUAAGGCAGCUAUGGGUCUGUCCUGUCCUGUAACCUGCUCCUCUUCUGUGAUGGGAAAAAAUGCUGAGUAGUAAGACUAGCACGGGUGUGCCAAAGCCUCCUGUAUUGUGCCUGUGUGCCGGUGUGUGUCGUCGCCCGUCUGUAGUUGAACACUUAUACUCGGUUCCACGGCUGUUCUGUACUUCAGAGGUGCUUUUUCGUUCAUGUAUCACAGACAUACUGUAAGCGGCAAUAGGAACCAAUACCAGGUUUUGUGUUUUCUUGGUGUGUGCGGGUGUGUGCGCGCGUGCGUAUGUUGGUGUAUAAUGACAACAAAGACUGCAUCAUCAUAUCUCAGUUACUUGUCAGAGCAUUUUCCACGUUUUGAGUAUUACUCCGUGUAUGUUUCAAGAAAUGCAAAGCUGGUGUCAGAAUGGCCCUUAUGAAUCCUCAACCGUGUGUGUGUGUGUGUGUGUGUGUGUGUGUGUUCACACUUUAAUCAUGAAUGACUCUUGUGACUAAUCUGUGGAGAACUUCUCUCAUAAGACUGUAUGCCUUUUCUAUCUCGUUAUCCUACUCAAUCCAAGUACUGUUUGGCCAUUAAUGACUUUGUGUUAAUGAACGUGACUGACGCAGGCGGCGGGAAAAUCACAGGCGGCAUGGAGCCAGCCAAGUGCUUUGGCUGGCUCCACUGUUACACAGUGUGUGUGUAUGUGUAUGUAUGGGUGGCAAAAUUACAACUAAAACCAUUUUUGGUUACCAUAGCAAUAGGAGCACCAAACAAGCGCCUCCAAAUUCUCCUGUACACACACACACACACACAGUUGUUUACAGUAUUUCCAUUAGUAGAAAGAUAUUACACCGUUAUGUUUUGAUCCUUGGACUGUACACGACUGUGUGUGUUUAGAUAAACUGAAGCCAUAGGUUAUCAUAACAAGACAAAAUAUAAUCUGCGUAUCCAUAUAAUUAUUAUCCCCCCCCCCCCCCCCCCCCCCCCACAGUUGCAGUGUCCUGACUGAUUAGAGACCAACUCGGAGAUUAUAUUUGAUACCAAGUGUUUGAGAUUUGGUACCACUGUCUUUGUGUGUGCGUGCGUGUGUGCGUGUGUGUGUGUGUGUGUGUGUGUGGGUGUGUGUGUGCAUUUUGGUUAAAGCACCUUGAAGCCCUUCUAUAACCCAAGAGGCUGUGUAUUGUCUGUGUUUGUGUUUACAGACUCGGCUGUAAAGUACCACAUGUUUUUCAGUUCAGUCAUGGUGACCAAAAAGACUGAAGGAGAGAGAGACAGAGAGAGGACUCAGGCCGACCAAACAAACACCUUGGUUCUCCGCUCAUAGACCAGGAAGUAGCAGGUCGAUUAAAGUAUGAUCAGCAAAUGUGAUCUAUCUUCCUGCGAAUGUGUGUGUUUGUGUGCGUGUAUGUUUCAAAAUGUAUUUGUUUUGGGCAUUACUUGAACCCUGAUAAGUUUUUGGUAUUGUUUUUUUUUUUAUGUAAAAACUCUUGUUUGAGGAGUGACUCUUAUUAUUGCUGAAACAUUCACUGCCAUAAUACGGAAACAUGUAAUACAACAUGAAUUAAAUGAUAGUUUUUUACUUUUUCA